UACAUCACGGGACGAUGCAUCGAUAAUAUAAGCUGCUUUGUAAGGUGAAUAGAAUAGGUGAAAUGAAUACUUUUCUGAGUAUUUUGACCAAGAAGAGGGAGAAUAGAUUUAUUCACUGAGGCUUAACUUGUUAACCCGUCUUAACUACAUACAUGCAGGCUAUUACACUUUCUUUAAGAGAUAGCUGUGUACAUCGAGGAAAAAACAGAAAAAAGUUCAAUAAUGCCUGACACGCAUUUAGAAGAGAGUGAUGUAUCAGGUGAUGCCAUGAUGCCAGAAACAGAAGAUGCAAUGACGUCAGAUGGUGGGGUCGAAAUGACAGCGGUUACCUUGACCCCAAUGGACGAGACGAUUACGACGACGACGACGACGACGACGACGAACCAGGUUGAGGCGACCAAGCAGGAUGAGAACGUCGAUCAUAAAGAAAGUAUUCAAAUGGAUGAUAGUGGGAGAGAUGGAUUUAAAUACAGGAAAAGCGUCCAGCUACUUAUACCCAUUAGACUCAAGCCUACAAAUGAACAAUAUUCACCGUUGGAUCAUUGUGGACUUCUUUCAUUCGUAUGGCUGUCAUGGAUGACGUCCUUGUUCUUCAAGGCUUAUAAAAAGACGCUUGAGUAUGCCGAUCUUGGAACGAUGUCGGAGUAUGACAGAGGCGAUUAUAACGGAGAUAGACUGGAGAGACUGUGGAUGGAAGAAGUGGCUCUGAGUGGUAGUGAGGAGGAAGCUUCUAUCGGGAGAGUAGCCAUUCGAUUUGUAAGGACCAGGCAGAUCGUAUCAGCUGCUGUGCUUGUCGUCGCGCUGAUGGCGUCUUUCGUCACAUCUGCUGUCCUUGUACAGAGGUUACUGGAGUAUACUGAGGAGGAGGAGGUCGACCUCUGGUCCGGCAUCGUACUCGUUGUCUCUAUCUUCAUCCUCCAAAUCGUUCGUAUAACGGGCGACGUCUUCUCUCGCUCAUUCAACUGUCGAACAGCCACACGUCUACGGAGCGGUAUGCUGACUGUGGCGUUUCGCAAGCUAGCUAACCUUAGGAGUCUACAGCAGCACAGCGUCGGGGAGAUUGUGAACAUAUGUGCCAACGACAGUCAACGUCUCUUCAACGUAUGCGUGGUAGGAAACUUCCUGAUCUCCUCCCCAGCCUUGCUUCUAGCAACCCUCAUUACGACACAGUUCAUAGUCGGAAGUGGGGCGUUGAUCGGGACACUCGCAACAUUCAUCUUGUUCGUCCCUAUGCAGGUCAUGGCUGGAAAGACCAUAUCGAAGAUAAGAAUACAAUGUAUCGAGAUCAUCGAUGUCCGUGUCCAGAAGAUGCAUGAGCUUGUGACUUACAUAAAACUGAUCAAGAUGUAUGCCUGGGAGCUACCAUUCGCCAAGUCAAUAAAAGCUUUACGCCGCCAAGAAAAGUCGCAUUUGGAAAAGGCGGGAAUGUUGCAGAGUUUCAGUCUAUCCAAUGUUCCCAUCAUUCCAAGUCUUGCUUCAGUCCUAUCCAUCAUCAUCCACAUCUAUAUGGGAAACUCACUCACUGCAGCUGAGGCGUUCACUCUCGUGUCACUUCUGAACGUUUGUAGAGCUGUUAUUGGACCUGCUCCCUUUGCCGUCCGCAUGCUGGCUGAAUCUAACGUUGCACUGGAUCGACUGAAGUCAAUCAUGAUCAUGGACAAAGCGAAAGCGAAUGAGAAGCUUGAAGAUAGUAGUGAGAACAUGGUUGAAAUCAGAGGAGGAGAGUUCGGAUGGGAUGACAUCUCAUACAACGAAGAUGCGAUCCAAGAUGACAUCACCAUGGAAACUACGUCCGAAGAUACGAACAAAAAUGAAGUUAUCGACACGAAUGGUAGCGGUGACCCAGAAGUGAUGAUAAAGAACGGAUCACACAAUGCUACCGAUUCAAAUGGAAUUAAAGAACAGACAUCUGACGUAAAACAACACGAGUGUAAUAGUGUGACCGAUGAAUUCUCGAAUAAUAUUGUAUCAGUACUUUUCGAUGUCAACUUUGACCUCCCAAAUGGACAUUUGGUUGGUGUAUGCGGAUCUGUCGGCAGCGGGAAGUCUUCGCUGGUCAAUGCCAUCUUAGGUCAGAUGGAGAAGGUCAAAGGCACUUGCAAGGUCAGGGGAAAGUUCGCUUACGUUGCGCAGGAAGCCUGGAUAUUCAACGCCACAGUGCGAGAGAACAUUCUCUUUGGAAAACCGAUGGACGAGAAGCGUUAUGCUAUGGUCCUAGAGGCCUGUAGCCUCAAACAAGAUCUGACGAUCUUAACCAAUGGAGAUGAAACAGAGAUCGCUGAGCGAGGAAUCAAUUUGAGUGGUGGUCAGAAGCAAAGGGUCAGUCUUGCGCGUGCUGUGUAUGCUGAUCAUGAUGUGUAUUUCCUAGAUGAUCCGUUGAGUGCAGUAGACGCACACGUUGGAGAACACAUCUUCACGAGGUGCAUCAAUGGAAUCUUAAACGAGAAAACCAUUCUUUUCGUCACACACCAGCUUCAGUACUUACAAGACUGUGACUCUGUAGCAGUGAUGAUGAAUGGCCGGAUCAAGGAACAAGGAAGUCACAGUGAACUCAUGUCAGAGAAAGGAGAAUAUGCUCGACUUAUCACCACACACUGCACGCAAACUCGAAGAUAUACAAGAAGGUGUCAGCUAAUGACAUCAGAAAUACGGUGUAGUGGACCACCGACCUGGGAGGACUACCGGGGUUACAUACAAGCAAUGGGAGGCUACAUCGCUGCCUCCUCAAUCAUCUUCACCUACAUCGUGGUGAUUGGGAUGCUAACAUUUAACAACUGGUGGCUGGCUUACUGGAUAGGAGAGAGUAGCAACCGACCGUACAACGAGACAUUGGAUGAGGAAGCGCCAUCGCUAGUAAACGACCCUAAUCUCUGGUUUUACAUGCUGGUGUAUGGAGGUUCCCUACUUCUCAUCUUCAUUGUGGCUGCCAUUAAGAGUGUCAUCUAUAUGAAGCUUGAUGGAUAUGGAGGUGUACACGAAUACCAUGACUGCGAGCGGCAAGACAAACUGCAGGAACGCGCCGCCGACAGCGAAACCAUUCCGUCCCUCAAUCUAACGUUAAUGACGCAGAAGUAUUAUUGCGCCAUCGUCUUCGCCCUUCAUUACCACAGUCGGGCCAAGUCAGCAAGGUUCAUCUGGCUUGUCGCUCUACCCUGGUUGUCUGGAUUCGCCUAUCAUCAAUAUCUCGCAUGGUUUAUCAGGCUUACACUGAAAGCAUCGUCCACCUUACACAAUAAUCUAUUCCGAGCAGUUAUACGUAGUCCAGUGAGCUUCUUUGAUACCACACCUAUUGGACGAGUGCUCAACAGAUUCUCUAAAGAUAUAGAUGAGCUGGAUGUGAUGCUGCCAAUCAACAUGGAAAUGAGUCUUAAUUAUGUCCUGACGAUCGUUGCAUCGUUGAUCACCAUCUGCAUAGUAUUCCCGUAUUCCCUAUGCGCCGUCAUCCCAGUCAUCGUCGUCUUCUUCUUCAUCAUGUUCUUCUAUCGUAAGGGCGUCAACGACCUUAAGCAGUUGGAAAACAUGAGCCGAUCUCCAUGGUUUUCUCACAUUGGUUCGACUGCAAUGGGACUGGCCACCAUCCAUGCCUAUGACAAGACCGAUGAUGUUAUCACAAAUUCGACCAUGCAGCUCAUCUAUACUUGUUCCAAACAAGACAUUAAACCAGAGGCUCCUGAAAGCAUCAAGUCGAGAAUGCCUGAGAAAGGCUGGCCAAGUCGAGGGGAGAUCCGACUACAUGAUGUCGGGAUGAGAUACAGAGAAAACCUUCCGCUGGUUCUCAAGAAUGUAACGUGCACUAUCAAGGCAGGAGAGAGGAUUGGCAUCGUGGGGAGGACCGGAUCAGGGAAGUCUUCUUUGAGCGUUGCCUUGUUUCGUCUAGUGGAGGCUGUUAAAGGAACAAUAACUAUCGAUGAUGUCGAUAUAUCGGAACUUGGUCUAUUUGAUCUGAGAUCUAAGAUGUCCAUUAUUCCUCAAGAUCCUGUCCUAUUCAUCGGUACCGUAAGAUAUAAUUUGGACCCAUUCGGUGAAAAUAAUGAUGCUGAUCUGUGGCAAGCAGUAGAAAAGGCCUACCUGAAGGAGAAGAUUAGUUCUCUAGAUGGCGGUCUCGAUGCUCUUGUUGCAGAAGGAGGAGAUAACUUCUCUGUUGGUGAGAGGCAGUUGAUGUGUAUGGCGAGGGCACUGCUUCGGAAUAGCAAGAUCCUAUUCUUAGAUGAGGCGACUGCAGCCAUUGACACAGAAACAGAUAGCUUGAUACAGCAGACAAUACGAACAGCUUUCAAUGACUGUACCACACUCACCAUAGCACAUCGACUUAUUACAGUACUAGACUCAGAUAAGAUUCUAGUCAUGGAUGAUGGAAAGGUUGCUGAGUUCGACUCGCCCAUAGCUCUACGGGCUAACCCAAAGUCUAUCUUCAGGGGGAUGUUAGCCGCAGCUGAAUCUCAGAGCACCUAGCUCAAGAGUCUAUCCAGGACAGAUGACGUCGGAGCCGGUCCUACUCCGCCAAGGCAGAAACCAGCGUAUUAGUUUAACUGUUUGUACCUCCGAAAUCUUGUAUUUCUGCCAUAGUUUUAUAUUUACCUCACAUAUUUUAACGUUCAUUGAACAAUUGUGCAACACGGUAGCCAUUCAGGAAGACAGUAUCAUGGCUGAAUGUGAGAACAGCUAGCUAAAGUCAAUUUAUUUCUAAGAUAUAAGAUGGCGUAAUUGGCAGUAGUUGAAUCAUAGAGGUAUUAAAAAAUGGAGUCCCAGCUCACUAAAAUGAAUGCUUACAGUUGACAGAGUUGAAAGGAUGCACAAAUGAAUCACUGAAUUGCUUUGAUUCUUCGAUGUCGGAGGUUUCACGUCGCCGAGGUAGACAACAGCGAUUGAAAAAGAUGUUUAUAUUUUAAAGUAUUAUUAUGCUCAAUUAGUAUGAUGAAUCAAAAAGCACAAUAAGUAAACAUGCAGUUGCAUUUAAUACAAUCAUUUAUAGUAACAAAGCCUCAAAGUUUAGAACUUCUUGAUAUAUAAAGCCUCGAAAGUGUCACCAACAUACGCUUUAUGUGCAGAGUUUAAGUCCCUUUCUUAUUCAUUCCAAGCACUGUAAUUCGUUAUUUCUAUCAUGAAAGCUUAUUUUGUCAAAUAAAGCAUUUACUAUUAAUGUCCUCACAUGCCCACUCGAGAUAUUUCAUUUAGUCUGGGAUGUUAAUAGGGCAAUAUAGGGGCAGUUUGAUGCAUCUUCUAAAAACCCAAUAUUCUGCCGAUAGUGUCUCUUCGUUGUGCAAUAUAAGGUUAUCUGAAUGUUUUCAUCACCUGCAUGGGAAGUACAUUUACAUAUUUUGCAUGCCUGGUGUGGCGACACAGAAGCUUCCUUUUCCUUCAAAGACAAGCACCUACAGUAACUCCAGCUGUAAUACCUCUUUGGUUGUAUUAAACCUUUCGUGCUUACUGCCAGUACAAGUAUACGAGUACAUGCCAUUUUUACCUCUGACAUUUUCACCUCUAGAGUUUUUACCUUUGACAUGUUUACCUCUGCCAUUUGUUUACCCCUGGCAUUUUGUUAACUCUGGCAUUUUUACAUCUGACAUUUUUACAUCUGACAUUUUUACACCGUACCUUAUACAUAACACACGCACCUGAUGUAAGAAUUGUUUUGUUUUUCGCACUUUGAGUCAGUUCAUCAAUUUCUUAUUGUUUGAGGUAGCGUAUGGAAUUGUUAGGCUCAAACUUCAAUAAACAGGGUAUCCAUGGCAAUAAGAUCUCGAGUAUGUUCAGAUGUGUGGAAUGUAGACUUUUGUUUAAUACAUGUAGGACAUAACUAAUAGAUAUCCAAAAUUCUAGCAAACUCAAAACUUCUGGACGAUAAUUUUGAAAAUGCGAGCAAGCAUUAUGAAGUGGUGUAGCAAAUACAACGCCAAGGCUGUUGUUUCCCUCCCCCGAGAACCCAACAGGCUAAUUAUGAUGGGUUUUUUUGUUCUUGUUGUAAUCAAAUGUAAUGUGUGUGUUUUUGUUAUGUGCCUCGUUACGAACUACUAUUUUUUCAUUUAUCUGUUACGAAAACGAAAUUGUAUUUCGAUAUUAAGCAUGCUAGGAUAAGCUAUAAUGUUUGUCCAACCUAACAACAACUAAUUAUAAUCGGUCUAACUAUGAGCCAGUUCGUAGUCGCUAACUUUGCAUGGACAGAUAAUGGUCAUUUGUACAAAAUGUUAAAACCCACUGAGUAAUGAAACACACUCAGACCUAAAGUUGGAUACGUGCUCAUUUAACUUAGUUGUGUGAUCAUAUUAUGCACUGACAGCACGUUAUGUGGUACACAGGUGGGAGUAUACUUAUCAUGAUGGCAAACAAAAGGUAUUCAUGAAGUACAUCCAUGAUUUUGGCGACGGUGGUUAUUUUAAAAUGCACAAUUUGGGACUUCUCCAAGUUUAAAAUAUCUGUGGAUAAUCCGGGUCAAUUGAACCGUGUCUUAUAACGAACUGGUAUAUUGAGAGACAGUAUCAUAUCAAAUAUUUGUGGAUAAUCCGGGUCAAGUGAACCGUGUCUUAUAACGAACCGGUAUAUUGAGAGACAGUAUCAUAUCAAAUAUCUGUGGAUAAUCCGGGUCAAUUGAACCGUGUCUUAUAACGAACCGGUAUAUUGAGAGACAGUAUCAUAUCACAGGUUAGUGUAAUCAUUCUUUGCUAGGUAAACUUAUACUUGAAUUAUAUUGUAUUUUGUAUAACAAAUAAAGAAGGUCUUACUAUGCAACCAUUUUUGGGAGAUAAUGCCAUCCACUAAAAAAAAAAGUACUAGUGACUGAGAGAUAUUAUAUCGUAAAUACAGUACUUUUUCUUAUA